AGUCCGGCCAGGACCGGCUCGCGACCGCAAGUCCCUUGACACGGCUUCUCCUCAAUCCCCAGCCCGUGCGCCCCUCCCGGCGUUGGCUGGGCCUUCCCCGCGCGGCAUUCCGGCGAGUCAGCUGUUUCUCCCCAGGCCACAGGGGCGGAAGCCUGAGGGCCGUGGGGAGGAGCUUCGCGCGCCGGUGAACGCCCGCCCUACGUGCUCGUUCGCUUCGCGACCGCUGCGCGCGAGCUCCGUGUCCCCGCGGCGGGCAGCGGCGGCAGAGUCGGAGGAAGGCGGAGGGGGCGGAGGGAGCCCGCGGCGGCGGCGGCUACAGCGAAAUGGCGGAGACCGUGGCGGACACCCGGCGACUGAUUACCAAGCCGCAGAACCUGAAUGACGCCUACGGGCCGCCCAGCAACUUCCUCGAGAUCGAUGUGAGCAACCCGCAGACGGUGGGGGUCGGCCGGGGCCGCUUCACCACCUACGAGAUCAGGGUCAAGACAAAUCUUCCUAUUUUCAAGCUGAAGGAAUCUACUGUGAGAAGAAGAUACAGUGACUUUGAAUGGCUGAGAAGUGAAUUAGAAAGAGAAAGCAAGGUAAGAAUUAUUUAA